AGAUUUUAAAUAGUAGAAAUAGAAAAAGAAUAUAUUAAAUAGUUCGAACGUAAAUCCCUAUAAAUGUUUUGCAUCUUAAAAGCGAAAUAUGGCUCGGUCUCUAAGCUUCGAUCGAUCCUUCGAUAAUAGCGAUGAUGGCGAGAUCAACAACGAGGCCGUCGCGUUUCUCGAGUGGUACUCUAACCCUAACUCUGGAAGAGCCUUCUUCCUCUUCAUCCCAGCCGCCGCCGCCUCAAACCCUUGUUCUUCGCCUCAAGCUACCAAAGAAGAAGGUUACGUGGAAGGAAGGCACGGUCGACAACGAGCUUCUCGGCAGGAAGAGUUCUAAGAAGUGCUGCAUCUUCCAUAAGCAAAAACCUUUUGAUGAGGACGAUAGCGAAGACGAGGAUGGCCAUGGGUCGAAUUGCACAGAUGGCCACAACCACGGAAUAGAGGAUUCUGCUCUUCGCGGGACGAUGGAAUCGAUUUGAAUUGAUAGAUGAUGAUAUGAUUGUAUGUUUUUUCUCCCUUUGUGGCCUUAUUGAUUUAUAGGAUUUGGACUAUUUCCUGUAUGUGUGCGUUCUUGGUUAACUGGGAUUAUCUUCUUCAAGUACUUUUGUAAUCAAGAUACAAAUUUAUCAGUUGUUUUUGAAAUUAAUCCCUUUUCUUACUAA